GUACAGGAGUCCGUUCCCCGCCGGUGGCUGCAUAUUGUCGUCAGAGACAGGUGUUCGCUCCGGGACACACAGAUCUGAUCAGCAUGUCUCUGUCAGGGCGUCCCAACACGGUGCGGCUGGUGUUCCUCGGAGCGGCGGGGGUCGGGAAGAGCGCGCUCAUCCGCCGUUUCCUCCACGACCGCUUUGAGCACAAAUACACGCGCACAGUGGAGGAGCUUCACGUGCUGGAGUACGACACUGCGGGGUCCGGGAAGAUGCGUCUGGAGAUCCUGGACACGAGUGGCAGCUACUCCUUCCCGGCCAUGCGGGAGCUCUGCAUCCGACACAGUGACGCUUUCGCCCUCGUGUACGCGGUGGACGACCCGGGGUCCUUCGAGGAGGUGCGGCGGCUCCGCGACGAGAUUCUGGGGCUGAGGGGCGGUAAGAGCGCGCCCAUCACCGUGGUUGGCAACAAAGCAGAUCUCACCGAGGCCGAAGGUCGCGUGCUGCUGGCGGCUGACGCCAUGGCCACGGUGGAGGGUGAGUGGGACGCCAACUUCGUGGAAGCGUCCGCGCGCACAGGUGGAAACACGGUCGGCGUGUUCCGCGCGCUGCUGCAACAGGUGGACCUGCCUCUCCGGCUGAGCCCUGCGAUGUGCAGACGCAGAGACACGGCACCCAGCCCCGCAGUCAAGAAGAGGCCGCCGCUGAAGAAGAACCACAGCUGUAUCCUGUCAUAAGAACAUGUUCUCUAAUUGAUGAUGGACUUUGGACUCUGCAGCUGGACUGCU